AUGACAGACGACUCAUCCGACGCACGCUUCGAGCGGGCGCUGAGCGCCCGAUCGGAGCUCGCGCCGGACGAGGCUGUCGCGCUCGCCCGCCUCUCUCUCGAGGAGCUCUCGAUCGACAGGGCGCUCGAGCGGUGCUCGCAGCUCAUCUGCGGCCGACCGGCGCCGCCAAAGACUGCGGCUCCGUCCUCGGUGUGUGGACUGGUUUGGAAGACGGGCGACAUCGUCUACCACUGCCGAACCUGCGGCAUGGACCCGUCCUGCGCCAUCUGCCACGACUGCUUCCUCAACUCGGACCACACGGGCCACGACUUUUGGAUGUUCUCGUCGGGCGGAGGCUGCUGCGACUGCGGAGACGUCGAGGC